GAGGUGGCGGCGGCGGAACGUUGGAACACCACCAGCUUUUGAACGGUGACCACCGCGAAACUUUUGUGGUGCGUAGCUCGAGUACCACUUGGCCGGGCUGUGGAGGAGGACCUGGCUCGGUGAGUGUUGGUUGAGCUGUGGAGGAGGACCUGGCUUGGUUACGUGUUACUGUGCGAGAUGGCUAAACAGGAGUUCCUGGCAGCAGUGGAAGAUGGCCAUCAUGCUCAAUUUAUUACUCUCAUUCAGAACCAUGGAAGUAAACGUAGCACUGUUGACUUGGAAGAGGUUGUAAUAGAAUUAAAUCGAGCACAACAUGAGAAGAUAUGGAACAGUCUUCACUCUUGGGUCAAUGAACAACUAAACAAACUAGUUGGCGUAAACGAGUCCGAGGAAGAAGUGGAGAGUGGUCAACGAGUGGCAGCUGGGGAUGAAUUAGACGAUACGCACAAGACGGGUCACACAGGACCAACAAAGAUUGCAAGCUCGGCACACAGCCAACAUGAGCCACAGGCUAUGGAACCAUGUGAACCAUACAAUGAAAAACUGAUGGAAGGAGUACUGGAGUUUGCUCACAUCUACAUAAAAUCUUUCAAAGAUGGAGACAUUUUCAUCCCAGAUACGUUGAUGGAAUUAGCUGUGUUGUUACAUGGGAUGGCGAGGGUGUUUAAAGGUCGAGUACAAGCAGGAGUUGCCUCCUUAUGUGAGCUUUGGUGGCUUAAGGGGCUUGAAGAGCGUGAGCAUCUUGUCCUCAAUGUCUUGCCUAUUCUACUAGAUGUUGCUACGAGCAAGGGUGCAAAAAGGAAAGAUGUGAUAAGACUGUGGUCACUACGCGAGGCUCUUCAGUUGGUCGAGCUUGACGAUCCUAAUUAUGAGCCGUUUGUCGAACAGCUGGUUGCUUGUGCUGCAGCUGCGAUCUUCCUGACAUGUGAUGAGGGUGUGAAAUGGCUUGCAACAUUGUUCUCGUCACGCUCGCUUAUUUCUCGUCUCCAUCGGAAAAUAAAAACUGUACUUCCAGGAUGCACAAAACUCCAGUGUGAAAAGUAUGCUGAAGUCUAUUUUCGUGCUUGGAAGACUAGCAAGGGAGAUGCUAAGGUGGCUCUGGAGGAAGAGUGCAUACAGGAUUUAAUGUAUGCUGCUGUCCAUGUGGACCCGACGACUGGUCGACUGUCUGCAAAUCUUCAUCAUCUGCUCCAUCAAAUUCAUCGUCAAAAGAGGCAUCAUGCUGUAGCAACAACCAUUUAUUCUCUCUAUGACCCCUUCAUUUGGCGAUCUCUAAAGGCUGCUAAUGGUCUUGUGCGUACGAAUGCCAUCUCGCUCCUGUGUGAUGCUUUUCCACUUACCGAUAGUACCUUUACUCAAGAAGAGAAGAGUGACCUGCAAGAGAGACAAUACCAAGCAAUUAUCACCUUGCUUGUUGAUCCUUGCCAUCUUGCUCGCAUCGCUGCAAUCAGGGGUGUGUUUAAUAUCUUGGCAGACUACUGGCUCAUGAUCCCAUCACACAUCAUAAAGGCCAUUUUCCAAAAGCUGCUGUCAGAUCUCGUGUAUGAUGCGUCAUCAGCUGAAGUUCGCACUCAAGUUAUCAAGGGUCUGACCCUGCUUCUGGACUUUAAAGAGACUGUGCCGUUCCUUACUGAAGUCUUGGUUCGCCUUGGAGAUGUGUUUGACGAUAUUAGUGCAAAUGUUCGUGUUGCUUUCGUCAAGUUAUUGUUGAAGGUGAAAUCUUCAAAGGUUAUCAGGUACUGGGAAAUAGUUCCUGUGCAUCAUCUUCUGCAUCGGCUAGAGGAAGACAAACCUGUAGUUUGCAAGUUGCUUACCCAACUCUUGCUCAGUUCCUUCCAUCCUGUCCAUCGUGAAGACCAGGAGCUUUUUAAACGGUCUCUGGCAUUAUUGGAGGAGAAUCGGGCGGCAGCUCGCCGAUUUUAUAGGUAUGCAAGCCGCAAGCUGGACUUGAACAGCACUGUCCACUUCAUGUUGUUAAUAUGGCGUUGUCUUCGGAACUUUAUAUUGGCUCGACAGAAUGAGGAUUCCCAUGAAGAGAGUGAGAGGGAGGACAACACAAGUUCUGAAGAUCAACCAGACCCAGGAGACCGGAUCUAUCUGAAAGGAGCUCGUAGGGCUUCUCCAGGGGAUGGCGAUUCCUCUGCUAUUCCUGCUGCCAAUAAAGAAAAUACAGGUGGGGCUCCGAGGACACAGGGCAGCCUCUCGCCUACAACUGUGAAGACUAAUGACUCUGGGAAAGAUGAAGAUAGUGAUGAGUCUUCUUUAGACAACCCUAUUAUUGUUGGUGGGCUUUUGGAUACUGUUGUGAUCCUGUGGACUACCAACGCUCACAGACUCGCACAGCAACAAAACCUCAAGUAUCUGGAGGCGUUAAGAAAACAGCUUUCUAAAAGCAUGCCUCUCUUCUUCAAAUUCUUUAAGGAAAACAAUGAUGCAUCACAGACACUACUCUUCUUGUCAAGUUUCUUGCCCCGAACCUUAGUGCCUACCUUGGUUGGUCACUGCCUGUCACGUCUUCGAUCACUACAGUCGGAUCAGGGAAAUGAUGAUUUACCCGGGACAUACAUUAAUGCUCUUUGCAACUGGAAUCGUAGUGAUGAUAUCUUGGAGUUGGCGUCCGAGUGGCUUGAGGAAGGCUUCAGUGCUGGAAUGGUUGCAAGUAACAAGGAGCGCCGUCGUAGUAGUCGCAGGGUGCGAUUUUGUAAGACGAGUACUCCCCAGCCCCUUAUUGCAUUACGUCUGUUGCAGCACAUUCUGCAGCACCCUUUCAAUAAGCUUACAACAAUAAAGAGUAAUAGACAUCUGCUUUUGGAAAUUACUCUAAAUAUGGAGAAAGUUAAAGAUAGAAUUAGUGACCGUUUGGACCGUACUGAAGAAUUGUCACCACUCUGCUCGGACACCUUCUUAUGUGAAUGUUGGGCUCAGUAUUUGAGAUUGGUAGCUGUUCUUCAUAACCCUUCUGUUGAAGAACAAGAACACGACAGCAAUGAAGAACGAGAUGAUGACGGAGAAAGUCCAGAGACACUCCUGUUUGAUAGUUCGGAGACAAUCUUACUAGGCUUAGAUUGGGCCAACAGUGUGUUGGUGCCUGCCCUUGGGGAGAGUAGUAGUGGUGGCAAGAGGAAGUUGAGAGGAGGAGACGAUGCCUCAGCUAUAGCCGUCUCUGCACUCGACAACCUUAUUACAACUAGCACUCAUUUGCUCAUGACAGGAGCUGCAAAUACUGCAUUUGUUUAUAAAAUGUGUACUUUUGUGGAUAGUCUUUUGAAAUUGGAUGCAUCUGGUAGUUUCUGGCAGAAUAGUUUAUUAUUCGCAAUGGAGGCACAUCAAUUUCUUCAGUCAUAUGAUCACACUGAUGAUGAUGAGGAAUUUGAAGAUGAAGCAACUCCGGUCCAUGUAAUAAAUAUGUGUUUAUCAUCAAUAUCAGACUACUUUAAAGUGCAAGAUAAUUUACCAAAGGAUGCCAGUAAGAUUGAUGAUACAUUGGUUCAGUUGCUCACCACCCUGGGCCAGGGUUCAAGACAGGACCAAUCUGAGGUGAUGGUUCAUAUGGCUGAUACUGUUGUGCAACACAUUUGCUGGAUUGUGGAUAAGGAUGAAGGUAUCAACACUGCUGUGACCAAGAUCCAAGAUGCUGGUGGAUGUGUGGGCUUGCUGAUUGGUGUUUGUCAGAGUCGUGCCAAACUCUCCACCAUGCUAAUGGAUGCUCUUACUCAUGUUUUGACAACUGCAAUCCAUGUGAGUAGUGUCAAAACAACUGCAAUCAAUGAUAUCACAUCUCUACUGGCCAUAUCAUAUCUAUUGAAGAUCCUUGUCCAUGACAGUGGGAAAAUAUCUAAAUAUAGCAUGAAGCAAACAGUGGUUGCUGCUGACAGCAUCAUGGCUAGAAUUAUUUUACCCACAGCCAGUGAUGAUAAUGGAAUUUUUCAACAAUAUACCAGGAGUGCAAAAGAGAUUAUUCAAGACCUGAAAAGCUCACUUGGUGUGCUGUAAGCAAAUUUGAUCACAGGAAAUGACACUAGUGUGUCAAAACCAUAUAAGUAUAGGGAGUUAAAAUGUUUGUUUUAUGAGGAGAAUUAUAUUACAAAAUGGAUAGCAUACUUUAAUAUGGAAUUGAUUUGUAUCUAGUACUGCCUUUCAAUAUAAGCAGGUGUACUAUAUUAAUACAUUUAAUUAUUACU